AUGUCAACAUUGAUCAAUGCUACGGACGAUGUAAAUCAGCGAAUCAUUUGGAUAGACUGUGAAAUGACCGGUUUAGAUUUUAUGAAACAGACAUUGUGUGAAAUUGCUAUAAUUGUGACUGAUAGCGAUUUAAAAACUGUGGCAAUGGGGCCGGAUAUUGUUAUUCAUCAGCCGAAAGAAGUUCUCGAUAAAAUGGAGGAAUGGCCCAGAAAGACGUUUCUCGAAAAUGGAUUGAUGAGUAAAAUAGUUAAUAGCAGUAUAUCAUUGGAACAAGCGGAAGAGAAAGUCUUAGAAUUCCUGAAACUUCAUACACUUCCAGGAAAGUGUCCAAUUGCUGGUAAUUCAAUUCAUAUGGAUCGAUGCUUUAUCCGAAAGUAUAUGCCAAAACUCGACGAGUAUGCUCAUUAUCGGUGCAUCGACGUAUCUUCUAUAAAAGGACUUGUCCAACGAUGGUAUCCAGACUAUCAACACAUAUCGAAAAAGAACACGCAUCGGGCGCUCGAUGACAUUCUAGAAUCAAUUGCAGAACUCAAAAAUUAUCGGGAAAAUAUCUUUGUUAAAACGCAAUAA